AUGGCUCGAGAACCAAUAGAGUGGCCGACUUGCGCCAGCGCCGAUUGCAUUUACCGAAGCGAAGCAAAAUGGUCGCGAAAGUUUCACAUUUCGGUUGCAUUGUGUGCAGCCACCAAUGCGCAGGUUUUGCGGGACGACGAGGUCCGCCGAUUGGCCCCGAGCAGGCCGGAGGAGGUCUCCGAUUGGCUGAAAGCGAUUAAAUUGGCACUCAAUUUGUCCGCGAUAGACAUCUUAGAUCAAUUAUGUCGCGGCUAA